AUGCAAGAUUUAACAGCACGAGUGACUAGUGGUCUUCUGCAUUUCCCAGAAGUCACUAUUCGGGCCCUUGGUGAAGAUGAAGUAGCAUUAGAAUCUGUGCUUCGUGGAAAAUUUGCUACAGGAAAAAAUGGACUUGCUUGCUUGGCUUGUGGUCCACAACUUGAAGUAAUAAACACAUUAACAGGACAGAGAUUAUCUGCAUAUAGAUUCAGUGGAGUGAAUGAGCAACCUCCUAUAAUUCUAGCUGUAAAAGAAUUCUUUUGGCAGAAGAGAACUGGUUUGCUAAUUGGAUUGGAAGACGUAGAAGGGAGUAUCCUCUGUCUUUAUGACCUCGGUAUAUCAAGAGUGGUUAAAGCAGUUGUUCUUCCUGGAAGGGUAACAGCUAUCGAGCCUAUAAUUAACCAUGGAGGAGCUAGUGCAACCACUCAGCAUUUACACCCAAGUUUACGAUGGCUAUUUGGUGUGGCUGCUGUGGUCACUGAUGUUGGACACAUCCUUCUUAUAGACCUUUGUUUGGAUGACUUGCCGUGCAGUCAGACUGAAAUAGAUGCAUCAGACCUUGAAGUUAUGACUGGUAUUCCAGCUGAAGUACCACACAUCAGAGAAAGAGUUAUGCAAGAAGGACGCCAUCUGUGUUUCCAGUUAGUAAGCCCAUCAGGAACAUCAAUUUCAACUCUUUGUUAUGUAAAUAGGACAAAUCAACUUGUAGUAGGUUUUUCUGAUGGCUACCUAGCAUUAUGGAAUAUGAAAAGCAUGAAAAGAGAGUAUUACACACAAUUAGAAAGUGGAAGAGUACCUAUAUAUGCUGUUACUUUUCAGGAACCUGAGAAUGAUCCUCGAAAUUGUUGUUAUUUGUGGGCUGUUCAGUCUACACAAGACAGUGAAGGGGAUGUUUUGAGUUUGCAUCUACUUCAGUUGGCCUUUGGCGAUAGAAAAUGUUUGGCAUCAGGACAAAUCUUAUAUGAGGGGUUGGAGUACUGUGAAGAAAGAUACACACUGGACCUUACAGAGGGCAUGUUUCCUUUGAGUGGACAGACUAACACCAAACUAUUGGGAUGUCAGAGUAUAGAGAAGUUUCGAUCUCAUGGUGAUAGAGAGGAAGGCAUGAAUGAAGCUCUGUCUCCUGACAUCAGUGUUUCAGUCUUUACCUGGCAAGUGAAUAUAUAUGGACAGGGAAAGCCUUCUGUAUAUUUGGGGAUUUUCGAUAUAAAUCGUUGGUAUCAUGCACAAAUGCCUGAUUCGCUAAGAUCAGGAGAAUAUCUACAUGACUGUUCUUAUUUUGCACUGUGGUCCUUGGAUUCUGUUGUAAGUAGGACUUCACCACAUUACAUCUUGGAUAUAUUAGUGCAUGAGAGAAGUUUAAGUCGAGGAGUUCCUCCUUCAUAUCCACCUCCUGAGCAAUUUUUUAAUCCAAGCACUUUUAAUUUUGAUGCUACUUGUUUGUUAAACUCAGGAGUUGUUCAUAUAACUUGCUCUGGCUUUCAGAAGAAGACUUUGACUUUUUUAAAGAAAUUAGGGCCAUCUCUCAAUGAAGUCAUUCCUGAUAGUUAUAAUCAAUGUCUUGUGGCUGGCCUUCUCUCACCAAGACUUCUUGACAUUCAACCUUCCAGUUUAAGUCAGGAAGAACAAUUAGAAGCUAUAUUGUCUGCAGCUGUCCAAACAAGUUCCCUGGGAGUUUUGACUGGAUGUAUCAAAAGGUGGACAUCAGAAGAACGACCAAAUUCUGCAGCUAAUUUGCGCUUUGUUCUUGAAUGGACAUGGAAUAAAGUGGUUGUCACAAAAGAGGAGUUUGACAGACUGUGUGUACCAUUAUUUGAUGGAUCAUGCCGUUUCAUUGAUCCACAAACUAUACAGUCUUUCCAACGGUGUCAUUUGCUUCUUAGCAACCUUCAUACCGUUUUAAGCUGUUUUGUAGCAGAGGCCCAAAAGGUCACUGAGACAGGCCUUAUGAACUUGAGAAAUAAAUGUAUGGUUACCCAACUCAUCUGUCAAUAUGUACAGGUGGUUCUUUGGUUCUGUCAUUCUGGGCUUUUACCAGAGGGCUUGGAUGAUGCUAUACAGUUAUCAAGGUUAUACUAUAACUACCCUGUAAUUCAGAACUACUACACCAGUUGUCGACAGAAGCAUGAGCGUUUAUCAAGAGGUAAAUGGAAUUCUGACUGCUUGAUGAUUGAUGGCAUGGUUUCUCAGCUAGGAGAUAGAAUUGAGGAUUUGUGGAAACGAGAUGAAGGGGGCACGGGAAAAUAUCCUCCUACAAGUCUACAUGCACUGCUUGACAUAUACUUACUAGACAACGUUACUGAAGCAAGCAAGCAUGCGGUUACCAUCUAUUUGCUACUUGAUAUUAUGUCUUCCAUUCCAAACAAAAUGGAUACUGCCAUUGAAUCAUUUCCUUCAGUCUUUGCCAUUUCUUGGAGCUAUGUUAAACUGAUUCAAGGAUUUUGGCUAAUAGAUCAUAAUAACUAUGAGACUGCUUUGGAACUUCUGUUUCAUCCAGCCACUGUAAAACCUGUGCCAUGGCAACAUUCAAUGAUUAUUCAAGCCUUCAUGUGUCAGGGUGAGCAUAGACUAGCUCUCAGGUAUAUUCAGACAAUGAAGCCAGUAUUGUAUGCAGAUAGUGAUGUUUGCCUUCACCUCACCGUUUUGCUUUAUAAUAGGUGCAUGGUUGAGGCCUGGAGUUUAUUGCGGCAACAUUCUAAUAGGUUAAAUAUAAAGGACUUAUUAAAGCACACUUAUGAAGUCUGUCAGGAAAAGGGCUUAAUGGAGGAUUUGCUAAAGCUACCAUUCACAGACACUGAACAAGGAUGUGUUUUGGUGAGAUUCUUGCAGUCCAGUAACAAUGUUCAGAAUCAGGAAUUCCUUUUAGUUCACCACUUACAGCGUGCCAAUUACAUCCCUGCCUUGAAACUGAACCAAACUCUAAAGAUUAAUCUUACGUAUGAUCGUGAUCCUCGUUUGCGACAGAGAUCUAUAGCUCGAAAUUCUAUAUUAGACCAAUAUGGAAAAAUUCUUCCUAGAGUUCAGCGAAAAUUAGCAGUUGAACGAGCUAAGCCUUACCAUCACUCAACAUCCAUUCUUCGAGAAGUUUCUAGACCUAAACCAUUAUCAGCAUUUCCAAAGCCAGGUGUAAAAGGAACUGUGUUGUCAAGAUCUGUUUUCAUCAAUAAUGUGUUGUCUAAAGUUGGAGAGGUUUGGGAAAGUAAUGAACCCAAAACUAGUAUUACUCUUUGCAACAGUCCUAAAAUAGAAGCAUCCUCUCCUGUAGUAUAUUCCCUCCCAGAAUCAGAGCUGUCUGAGGCCUUCUGUGGAACACCAAUUUCACAAGCCUCACAAAAAAUUUCUAGACUGCUGGAUUUGGUUGUUCAUCCUGUCCCUCAGCCUUCUCAGUGUAUGAGGUUGAUUCAGCAAAGCCCCACCAAAUCAUCUUUGUACGAAGCAUCUCAUUCAUUGCCAGUAAGUUCACAUGUCAAAGGAUCUCUGCAAAAAAGUACCAGCACUUCAGAAUUACAUUUACUUGAAACUCCUCUUGUGGUUAAGAAAGCUAAAAGUUUGGCCAUGUCAAUUAAUUCCUCCGGAUUUGCCGAAUUUACUCCUCAAUCCAUUCUAAGGUCUGGUCUUCGAACAACUCCUUUAGCAUCACCCUCUUUGUCUCCUGGACAGUCUGUUACUCCUUUACGACUUAAAGAAACUAGAAUUUCAUUCAUGGAAGAAGGCAUAACCACAAAAUGGACAACUGGAGCUGGUGACAACAAAACAAAACUAUUUGUUACUACACCUCUCCAUUCAGUUCCAGCAGAAACUGAAUGGCUGAAGAGCCAAGAUAAGGUACCUUUUUCCAUGGACCAUCAAGAAAAAGACCAUCAAGGAUUGGAUGUAAGGCUACAGGAUACAUCAUCACAUUGCUUGGAGAAAUCGGAUAUGAGCAAAGAAAACAGCAAUGCUUCAACCAGAUCAGACCAGACUACCUUGGAAUAUCUGGAUGCACCAUCACCAGGAGACUUUGAAGUUAUGUGUACAGCCUUCAAACCUGUGAGCUCUUCUACUGAAGUAAUUGUUGAUACAACUGAACAAGUGCAAGAUGGUAAUAGAAAUAUGUUUGAGUCAGAAGUAGGCCCUCCAGAACUGGAGAGGCAAAUGGGUGCUUCACAAGAUACAGAAACAAAGGAGCUCCUGGUUGCAGAAGUGGCACUUUCAGAACUAAAUCACUUAAGGCCCACCCAAGGUGUCAAAGCUUCUCUUUCUGUACCAUCAGUUCAUGAACGGGAAAUUCUUUCUUCAAAGUCCAAGGUACCAGUUUUAGAUGUUUCUGUUGAAAGCUGCACAUCUUCAGUUAAAACAGCUGUAGCCGAUGUCCUUGAUGAUAAUGGACACUCAGGGCUUGUUAGCUCUGAAAGUCCUAUUAUCUCUGAACAUAAACUUGACCAGGAAAUAGCAUUGAAUUUAAAAGAUCAAGAAAUAGAAGUUGAUGUUCUAAAAGAAAAUGUUGACUUACCAGAAGAAAAGCUUCCAAUAUCUGACGUUCCUCCUGAAUCUCAAGAAAUUCAUGUGACUGAACAGGAAAAGCUUGAAAUUCAAGGUUCAGAACAAGAGGCUAGGAUUCUCUCCUUUAAAGAAAUGUAUCCCUCGGGAACUCUUAAGCUUCAGUAUAAUUUUGAUGCCAUUGAGCAGCAGUUUUGUGACUUGCCUGAGACUAAAGGCUCUGCUGAGUGUGACAUUGCUGAAGUAGAUGGGGAACUUUUUAUGGCUCAGAGCAAUUUUACCUUGAUAUUAGAAGGUGAAGAAGGAGAAGUUGAGACAGGUGAUUCUACGGCAUCUAAUGUGUUAGCCAAAACAACUAGCACGGCAGUUGAGGAAAAUCAAGUACACAGUGGGAUCGAUAAUAAUCAUGGACAUGUUGCAAAUUUGUCGUCUUUCACACCCAGUGCUAAUGAGUCCCAUAAGAUAGAGACAUUACCAUAUGUGCCUGAACCAAUUAAAGUAGCAAUUGCAGAAAACGUAUUUGAUGCAAUUACUUCAGACACAGUGGAACCGUCUAUUCAUGAAAAUACACCUGUAGUAAAUCGAAAGGUAACGCGUUCCACCAAGCUAGUUAAAUCUACCUCUAAGAUUGUUGAGGAAGCAAGUUCAAUAAGUGCCAGUUCAGCCAAUGACACAAUUUCCUCCAGAACGCGCACAAGAGCACGUGUCCAAAACCUGAAUGUGAAAUCAGCACAAGAAUUGUCAGCAGAUGUUACUGCAAGUAAAAGAACAGGGCUUUCUGUUACUAAAAGAACAAAAGAAAUUUCUGGGGUUUUUCAAAGUGCUUCUUCUGAUAGAGAAAUGUCUCCAAAUCAGCAAAUACCUCAAAAGCCUGUUACUCCUAGAAGAGGAAGGAGAAGAAAAAUGAGUCCAGACCCAUCAGAAAGUUCUAAUACUAUGCAACUCGAGUUACCAAUUACGCCAGGAAGGGAAUCAAAAAGGUUAAAAUCAUCUCUGCCUUUGGAAUCAACAAUUGAAACUUCUUUUAGAAACGAAGAAGAUAAUGCACCGGUUGCAAAGAGGAUUUCUAAAAGAAUUAAAAACCUUAUAGGAAAUCAGGAAAAUUUUGAAAUCAUAAAUGAUGCAAAUAUUAGUAAAACAGCAAGCCCUAGAAGGAGUAGCAGGAAAUUGAGAAGUGCUAAAGUAGAAGCUUCUGAAAAUACAGACUAUAAGCAAGAUGAAAAGUCCAGUGGGCAGCAACUGUUAAUUAUACAUAGUAAAAGGAUUCAAGAUAAAAAAAUUAGUGAAGCAAUUGCAAUAGAAGAUUCUAAAGUUGAAUCAUCCCAGAUAACACUCCAGGCAGAAUUUGCUAUGUCUACUACACCUAGGAAACGUGGUAGAUCAAGAAAAAUAAAUCCUGAAGAUGUAACACCUGUAGCUCAUAAGGAAGAGAGAAGUCCCAAAGAGAGAGAGGCACUCAGCAUCCAAAAGAGAUCUACAAGAAACACACCAGCUAAAACGAAAAAUACUCGUGCUGGAAAACAAGCUUUAGAAAAGCCAGUUUCAGUGCCAAAUGAGGAAAUUGAGACACCAAGAAAAUUGAGCACCAAGACAAAAGUUAACAAACGGACUGAAAAUCAAAGCCAAACACACCUAUUGAGUUCAUUAUCUGGAGAAUGCACUCAGGAAGAACCAAGCAAUCAGGAAGAAAACGUCCUUGCCACAGUUGCUUUAACUCAAACUUCACGCAGCACAAGGACUAGAUCUAGGAAGACCAUCUUGUUGCCGAACCUUUCUGAAACACAAAAUGAGUCUUUACUUGCUCCUACUAUAUCAAAGCCUCCAAGGAAAUCGAAAGCUAAAAAUACAACAACUCCAACACAGCUGAAAGAAUUGGUUUCCGAUUUAUCUUCUCAAUUUUUCUCACCUGCUUUAAGGAGUAAGCGGAAAAACACAACUAAUACAACCAAACUUGUGGAUAAAUUGGUUGAUGAUGCUCCGUCAGUAGAAACUAUGGAAAAGGAAAAAGGAAAAAGAACCAGGUCUGCAAAAUCCAAACAAGCAAGCAAAAACACAGAAAAAGAAAGUUCUUGGACACCUCCUCCAGUAGAAAUUAAGUUGAUUUCUCCCUUGGCAAGCCCAGUUGAUGGAGGAAAGAACAAAACAAGAAAAACUGCAGAAGCAGGCGGGAAAACUCUAGGAAGAAACAGGAAAAAACUAUCUUCUUUUCCAAAGCAAGUUUUGCGCAGGAAAAUGCUAUAAUUUUAUCAAAAUCUUUAAUGCACAGCUAUUUGUAAAGUCACCUAGAUUGUGUGGAUUAUUAAAAUAUAUAAUUUGGAAGAAAUAAUUUAUAUAAAUUAUUGUAAAUUUUU